AUGGAGGGAAAAGACCAACAGCCAGUCAUACUUCUAAUUCACGGUGCUUGGCAUCGACCUCUCCACUACCGUCUUCUCAUCAAAGCUUUCCAGCAACAAGGCUUCACUGUCCUGGCACCGCCGCUUGCAAGCUCCGGCUACGAUGAUUCAGUCGAUGGUAAGACAUACCAUGAUGAUGUAAAGAGGAUCCACGGCGCUGUUCUUCCUUACAUGGACAACGGAAGAAAGGUGAUUGCUGUUGGUCACAGCUAUGGAGCUAUCCCUCUUACCGUGGCGAUUGAAGGUCGCAGUAUCGCAGAGAGAGAAGAGAGAGGCCUUCCUGGUGGCUUUGGCUCUGUGAUUUAUGUGGCCCCAACACCUGUCCUACACAAAGGCAUUUCUAUGUAUAAGGCUGCGGGCGAGCAUCGCAAGACACCAUUCUUUCAUGACGUAACAGACACACGUAUGCCACUGAAGCUGGAUAGGGUCAAAGAAGCAUUCUUCUCAGAUAUUGAUCAGAGCAUUGCGGAUGAGAUUAUCCCUACACUUUGUCAUCAAAGCAAAGCUCCCUUCGAAUUUCCUGUCGUUUGUACCCCGGCAGACUUGAAGAUUCCCAAGACCAUGGUUAUCGGCAAGAAUGAUCCUAUCUUCGGCAGGGAGAUGCUUUUGGGCGUGGCUCAGAAUUGGGGCGCUGACACCUUGGAGAUUGAAUCUGGACAUAGUCCGCAUCUGGUGGAAGAGCACAGAAAGUGGCUCGUGGAGCUUGUGUCCCAGGAGACCAGGAAGAUAUGA